AUGGGGGAGAUUGCGGAUUGCGUGAGUUUGAAAGUGGAGAAGGAGAGAACAAUUUUGCCUCAUUGGUGGCCAGGCUAUGUUGACUGCGGUGCCUCUCGAUCGAAGAAUCUGGAUUGGACUGUCGCAGAAGAAAGCGAUGCUCUGUUGAUUAUGCACCACAGAUCCCCCUCCCCUACGCCUGAGCUGGUGAUCGAAAUGCAUCUGGCGGUUGCUGUUGUUUCAGGCAUAUGCUUGUACAAGUACAACAGUGUUAUGGUUAUGUGA